AUGCCUAAGCUCACCAGGGCCCGGCAUGUUUGGGUGCUAGAAGUCCGGCUCUUCCUAACGCUGGUGUGCGUGGCGGUGCUCGCCACGCUGUACGUCCUGCUGUGCUCCCACACCUGCCUGAGGCCCUGCUGCCGGACCCCGGGGGAGAGGGGCAGCCCCGUGGCACCCGACGUCCUCAGCUUCCAGGGGUACAGCCGCGUCCCCGACGGGAAGCCGCUGGAGCGACCGCUGUGCCGCCGCUGCGCCGUCGUUUCCAGCUCGGGGCAGAUGCUGGGCUCGCGCCUGGGACGGGCCAUCGACCGGCAGGAGUGCGUCCUGCGCAUGAACCAUGCCCCCACCGUCGGCUACGAGGAGGAUGUGGGGGCACGGAGCACCAUCCGGGUGGUGUCACACACCAGUGUCCCGCUGCUGCUGAGGAACCAGCCUUACUUCUUCCAGCAGUCCCAGGAGACCCUCUACAUCAUCUGGGGGCCAGCAAAGAAGAUGAACCGGGAGAAGGUGGGCACCACCUACCAGGCGCUGCUGAAUGUGAUGGAGACGUACCCCCACCUGCAGAUCUACACCCUGACCGAGGAGAAGAUGGCGUAUUGUGACGACAUCUUCCAGAACGAGACAGGGAAGAACAGGAUGAAGUCCGGCUCCUUCCUAAGCACGGGCUGGUUCACCAUGAUCCUGGCCAUGGAGCUGUGCGAGCAGAUCUGCGUCUUCGGCAUGGUCAGCGACAGCUACUGCAGGGAGAAGAACCACUCGAGUGUGCCCUACCACUACUUUGAGAAGGGCCGGCUGGACGAGUGCAGGAUGUACCUGAUGCACGAGCGAGCCCGCCGUGCCGGGCACCGCUUCAUCACCGAGAAAGCCAUCUUCUCCCGCUGGGCCAAGAGGAGGAACAUCGUCUUCACCCACCCUUCCUGGGCAGGCAGGUAGGGCACCAGCUGUAGGGCGAGGUAGCGGGGACGCCAGUGGUGGGGCGGCUCUCAUCCUGCAACGAUGAGUCUCUGCUCUGCUGGUGCCACGGUUGAAAGCUUUUUGCCGAGCCCCGGAGCAGGGAGUGUCCAUCUCCGCAGCGGCAGGGCCAGUUCUGAAAGCCAGUGGGUGGGCUGUGACCCCUUCCAUCAGUGCACGAGGCGUGUGAGCUGGUCCCACGGAGUCCCAUCGGCUCCGAGCGCUUGCCCAGAUGGACCCAGGGCAACCACAAAGGUUUUCCACUUGCUCUACUGGGAUGAAUAUUUAAUGCUGGAUUAAACAUUCACGCUGCUGGGCUCCAGCGUGACACAGGGCAGGAGAGCUCGGCCCCGCCAGGGCCACGAGCCAGUGCUUCUCCCAGGGAUGAAGCUUCGCCAUGGUCCCUGCCCUGAGACCUGGCACUGGGUGUGGAGUGCGGGGAGCCGGGUCCUGGCCCCCCUGUCCUGCUGCCCCUGGGCAGGUCCCUGUGGCUCCAGCUGCCCUUUGCCCCCAAGCC